AUGGCCGCCGCCCCCAGCAUCGAGUUCGCAUUCGCGACGGUGUCGCAGAUGGGCCACCUCAAGCCCCUGAUCCCUUACAUGUCGGAGUUGAUGCGCCGGGGCCAUCGGGUCACCAUCUUCUGCGACGGCGGCGACAAGUACGUGCGCGAGCUGGAGGGCGCCGGACUUGGGCCGUCGUCGCCAAACACGACGAUCGUCGGCGUGCAUUUCUCGGAGGUCCGCGGGCCGAGCGCGCUCCGGAAGGAGGUCGGUCUUCUCGGCAUUCUGAGCAAGGGAGGACCGCUCGCGAUGGCCAGCGCGCCGCUCUACGAGGCAGCCCGCCCCCUCCCGGCGGUCUUCGUGUGCGACUUCUUUUCGACCGCGGCGGUCGACGCCGCGGACAAGCUCGGGGUGCCGGUCGUGGUCGUGUUCCCGAACCCCUUGAGCAUGACGGCGAUGCCGCCGCAGCGAGACCGCACGGGCCUGUACCUCCGGGCCCGGAGCCUCAUGGUCUCGGGCGGCGAGGCCGUCUUUGCCCGGCUCUUGCUGCUGGCCCGCAACAAGGAGCGGUCGAGCCGCGGGCUCCCGGCCUUGCUGGAGCAGGACAUCUUCCCGUGCGCGACGCAGGACCGCCUCAUGGUCGCGACGACGGGCCUGGGCUUCGAGUUCCCGUGCUCCCGCUCGCCCCUCUUGCACUUCGUUGGGCCUUCGCCGCCGGCCGCGUUCCCGCCGCUCGGACCCGACCUGGCAAGCUGGCUCGACGCCCGCCGCGCCGCGGGCACGAGGGUAGUCUACGUGGCCUUCGGCACCAUGCACACCUUCAAGGCGGAGGGCGUCGCCAAGCUCUGCAGCGAACUCACGCGGGUCCAGCAGGAGCCGGGGCAGGACUCCAUCGCCUUCCUGUGGAGCCUGCCGGCGGACCAGCAGGGCUUCCUGCCGCCGGAGUGGGCGGUCCUAGCGCACGAGGCGGUCCAGGUUUAUGUGACCCACAACGGCGCCAACUCGACCUACGAGGCCCUGCUGAACGAGGUCCCGAUGGUCUGCGUCCCGACGGGCAAGGACCAGCCGGCCAACGCCGCGCGGGUCAAGGCCUCCGGGACCGGCGUCGUCGUGCCGGGAGGGCCUGCCGGGCCCGUGGCCGCCGCCCUCCGCGAGGUGCUUGCCGACCUGCCGGCCUUCGUCAAGCGCAUCGGGACGGUGCGCCGGGCCCUGGCCACCCAGGGCGGCGCUACGAGGGCCGUCGACGUCAUCGAGCACGUCGCGGCGUGCGGCGGGUACGAGCACCUCAAGCCGGGCCUCGUGAGGCCGUCCUGGUCCUUGGCCCUGCUCGGGACGGCCGCCCUCGGCGUGGCGGCCGCCGCGGUAGCCGCGGGCGCGCUGCACCGGGCCAACCUGCGGCCGUCGCCACGUGCGGCGGGGUUUACCGCGGGGCAGCGCGCCGACGACGUCGAAUGCGCCGCCGUGGCAUAG